UGCAACUUCCAGACGCGGACUAGCGUGCCUGGUGGUCCCCAAAUUCCUAGUAAGAACUUUACACAUUUGAGUAAUAUGGGGGUGGGGUCGAGCCGGGAAAUUAGCCAGCUCUCUUUUCUUCCUUCGUUUAACACUGAACAAAAGCAGAAGACUUCCUUUAGUCAGAACAAAUCUCUCAAGGGUGAAAGGAUCCUUUUAUUUCGCGUUCUCAAACUAAAUAGACGGAACCAAGAAAGUUGAAUUUCCACUUCAUGUCCUCAUAUAUUGUAGCUCACAGAUGAGCUGUUGAAGUCUGCCUACACUAAUUUUGCAGAAGAGAUGAAGUUCGGGAAAGAGUUUGCUUCACAAAUGGUGCCAGAAUGGCACAAAGCAUACAUGAAUUACAACUAUCUUAAAGGAAUUCUCAAGGACAUAUUACGGAUCAGGAAGCGAAAUGCACCGUCGGUGGCAAUGGCGUCCACCCCGAAGGGGUCUCUGAAGAGAAGAUUGACUCUGUACAGAGCCUUUAGCGGACUUACGGGGCGACAAAGAGGUUCGACGACGAACAGUAAUGAGGAUGAGGUUAUACUUACUCGUGAAGAGGAGACAGAAGGGUCAGAAAGGUUGUACUUUUACCAGACAGUGUUUCUCAAGUCCACUGAAGAAGGGGGAGAACUAGAGGCUUUGUUUUUCAGUAAGCUAGAUGCUGAGUUCAACAAGGUCAAUAACUUCUACAGUAUGAAGGUGAAGCAAAUCAUGGAAGAGGCGGAGGAAUUUGGUAAGCAAAUGAAUGCCCUGAUUGCUCUUAGGGUGAAGGUGGAUAAGGUAGGAGGUUUCAGAAAUCUUGACAGUAAUAGUUCCUCGUCAACUUCAAAUUCCAUGGAACACCACGUGAAUGAUGAAAGUCCUGGUAUCGUCCAUCAUCACUUGGAUGUGAUUCAAGAAGUUGAAAUGAGCAGUGAAAGGCCUGUAGAAGAUGAAAGUGGAAAUCGUACAAAACAAACUGCUUCUAAGAUAUCGACUCAUGGCCUUAUACCACCUCCAUUGAGGAUCCUGGAUCAUGUCAGAAUCAAUCUUGUUGAACCUGAAACGCCAGUAUCAACGGUAAAAGGGCUCUUCAUGAGUUCGACGUCUAAAUUGUCAUUCAGCAAACAAGAACUAAGGAAGGGAGAGGAACAGCUAAGCAAGGCCUUCAAAGAGUUUUAUCAUAAGCUUCGGCUUCUAAAAUGCUACAGCUUCUUGAACCUGUUGGCAUUCUCAAAGAUCAUGAAGAAGUAUGACAAGAUCUGUUCAAGGAAUGCUUCAAAGGAGUACUUAAAAAUGGUGGAUAAUUCUUAUGUUGGCUGCUCUGAUGAGGUUAAUAGGCUCAUGGAAAGGGUGGAAGCUGCCUUCAUAAAGCACUUUUCAAAUGGGAAUCACAGAAAAGGAAUGAGCAUAUUGAGACCUGCAGCUAAAAGAGAGCGACACAGAAUUACAUUUUUCCUGGGGCUCUUUACUGGCUGUUUGAUUGCUCUCAUGGUGGCGCUUAUUAUAAUUAUUCAAGCAACAGACAUUUUAAACAAUUAAAACACAGAGAAGCGAAAUGAUUAUAUGGAAAACAUAUUUCCUCUUUACAGUUUAUUUGGAUUCAUAAACUUGCAUAUGAUCAUCUACUCUGCAAAUAUAUACUUCUGGCGUCGUUUCAAAAUCAACUAUGCGUUCAUAUUUGGCUUCAAACAAGGAACAGAGUUGAGUUACAGAGAAGUUCUUCUUCUUAGUUCUGGCCUCGCGGUGCUCACAAUGGCUGCAGUUCUCUCAAACUUGGAUAUGGAGAUGGACGCCAGAACAAAAAGUUUCUCAGUAUUUACAGAAUUAAUCCCUUUAGGUCUUCUUCUUGUUUUGCUUAUCAUCACAUUUUGCCCUUUCAACAUCAUGUAUAAACACAGCCGCUUCUUCCUUAUCAACUGCAUGUUUCAUUGUAUCUGUGCUCCUCUUUACAAGGUUACCCUCGUAGAUAAUAUCUUGGCAGACCAGCUUACCAGCCAGGUGCAGGCCUUCAGAAGUUUGGAAUUUUAUGUUUGUUACUAUGUCUCGGGAAACUUCAGGACCCGAAAAAACGAGUGCCUUAAAAAUGAAGUAUAUGAAACAUUUCACUACAUCGUAGCUAUUAUUCCAUUCUGGAUCCGUUUCCUCCAGUGCCUUCGACGAUUUGUGCUUGAGGAAAGAAAUGUAAUGCACGGGCUUAAUGGGCUUAAGUACAUGUCAACAAUAUUUGCCAUAGCCACGAGGACUGGUAAUGAGUUGGCAUUGAACAGAUUAGUGGCAUGGAAAAUUUUGGCUGCAGUUUCUUCAGGCCUUGCUGCCAUUAUGAACACAUAUUGGGACAUCGUGAUAGAUUGGGGUUUGUUACGACGAGAUUCAAGAAACCCAUGGUUGAGAGAUAAACUCUCUGUUUCUCUAAAAAGUGUAUACUUUGCUGCUAUUGCGUUGAAUGUUUUACUGCGACUUGCUUGGAUGCAAUCAGUUUUAGGGUUUACGCAAGCCCCUUUCUUGCAUAGAAAAGCUUUAGCUACUCUGGUGGAUUGCUUGGAGAUCAUUCGUCGUGGCAUUUGGAAUUUCUUCAGGUUGGAGAACGAGCACGUAAACAAUGUAGGAAAGUAUCGGGCAUUCAAGUCAGUACCCCUGCCAUUUAACUAUGAAGGCGAUCAACAGCACACUGCCAUAUAAGCUGUAAACAGAUGUAGCGAAGUGCAAGAGGCAGCCAUGAAAAUGUAAAGACGAGGAAGUCAGAAGGAAAAUAACAGGAAUUCCUGUGCGGUAAAUUGGAUACAUGUCAAUGUCAAGUCAUGAACAUGCAGCUAGUGGUUUUGUGUCCCCGGAAAUAGUAACAGAAGUGUUAAGGAUGAUCUGAGAACCGGGCAAGCCCGAGUAUGCCGAAGCGUACAACCUCGACUUAAUCCGUUAAGCUGAAAUUUGGUUUUUCCCCACAUAUCUCAGACAUAAUCCAUUACAAUACUUUGAUUCCAUACUGCAACUCGGGUAUUUCUAACGUAAACAGAUGAAGGUCAAUGUUAUUUGUUGUUAACAACUUCUUU